CACGCCCCCUCCCCACAUGGUCUCCAGCGGCUUUCACCUCGAGGUGCGCAUGUGCCACCCGCCUAGGAGCCGCAUCGCUGCCUUAGAGGAGACCGGAACCAUGGCGAGCCACCUCAGAGGCUGGGUUUCUUACCCGCUCGGCAUAGGCCGCGGUCUCCGGUUCAUCUGGCCUCGGCUGAUGGCGGAAACGGGAAAAGACUGCGAAUGGGCGUGCUUACAUUAUCGCCUCCCCAGGACUGACUCCUAGUCCCGCCCCUUCUCCCCUUCACUAAAAUCGGUUGGCUGCCCUCCUGUCGGUCAGAAGCGGGUGUCACCAACAGCGUGCGGCCGCCUCUGAAGCUCGUUUGGCUAGUGAGGCUGUGGGCCGCCGGAGUGCCUUGAAGUAACUUGAGGUGGAAGAUGCCAGAAAGCAACUCGGCAGAGGGUAGCGACAGAAGCGAGGAGCAGGUGUCUGGUGCUAAAGUCAUCGCCCAGGCCCUGAAAACGCAAAAUGUGGAGUACAUGUUCGGCGUCGUGGGCAUCCCCGUGACUGAAAUCGCCCUUGCUGCACAGGAACUGGGCAUCAGGUACAUCGGGAUGAGGAAUGAGCAAGCGGCUUGUUAUGCUGCCUCUGCGGUUGGAUACCUAACGGGCAGGCCAGGAGUAUGCCUUGUCGUCUCUGGCCCGGGUCUCAUCCACGCCUUGGGUGGCAUGGCAAAUGCAAACAUGAACUGUUGGCCCUUGAUUGUGAUUGGUGGUUCUUCUGAAAGAAAUCAAGAAACAAUGGGAGCCUUCCAGGAGUUUCCUCAGGUUGAAGCUUGCAGAUUAUAUAGCAAGUUCUCUGCCCGGCCAACCAGCAUAGAACAUAUUCCUUUUGUUAUUGAAAAGGCUGUGAGGAGCAGUAUCUAUGGUCGGCCAGGUGCUUGCUACGUUGACAUUCCUGCAGAUCUCGUGACCCUCCAGGAGAAGGUGAAUUCUAUAAAGUACAAGGAGUGCUGCAUGCUACCUCCGGUUAGCAUGGCUGAAACCCCUGCUGUGUGUAUGGCAGCAUCUGUUAUUAGAAAUGCCAAACAACCCCUGCUCAUCAUCGGAAAAGGUGCUGCUUAUUCCCAUGCAGAGGACAGUAUCAGGAAACUGGUGGAGCAGUGCAAUUUGCCAUUUUUGCCCACCCCUAUGGGGAAGGGUGUUGUCCCUGACAAUCAUCCAAACUGUGUAGGCGCAGCCAGAUCCAGGGCUUUGCAGUUUGCCGAUGUGAUUGUGUUGUUCGGUGCGAGACUAAACUGGAUAUUACAUUUUGGACUGCCUCCAAGAUACAGCGCAGAUGUGAAGUUUGUUCAGAUUGAUAUCUGUGCAGAAGAAUUGGGGAAUAAUGUAAGGCCUGCUGUGACUUUGCUAGGAGACAUAAAUGCUGUUUCUAAACAGCUUUUGGAACAGUUUGAUAAAACCCCAUGGAGGUAUCCCACAGACAGCAAGUGGUGGAAGACUCUGAGGGAAAAAAUGAAGAGCAAUGAAGCUGUAUCCAAGGAAUUAGCUUCCAAAAAAUCCCUCCCUAUGAAUUAUUACACAGUAUUCUACCAUGUUCAAGAACAGCUACCCAGAGACUGUUUUAUAGUGAGUGAGGGAGCAAAUACUAUGGACAUUGGCCGUACUGUGCUCCAGAACUACCUUCCUCGUCACAGGCUCGAUGCUGGUACCUUUGGAACAAUGGGAGUCGGUCUGGGAUUUGCUAUUGCAGCUGCUGUAGUGGCUAAAGAUAGAAGUCCUGGGCAGCGGGUCAUCUGUGUGGAAGGAGACAGUGCCUUUGGAUUUUCUGGCAUGGAAGUGGAAACCAUCUGCAGGUACAACUUGCCAAUCAUCCUCUUGAUAGUAAACAAUAAUGGAAUCUACCAAGGUUUUGAUGCCGACACUUGGGAAAAAAUGUUAAAAUUUCAAGAAGCUGCUACAUCUGUCCCUCCAAUGUGUCUCUUGCCAAACUCGCAUUAUGAGCAGGUCAUGACUGCAUUUGGAGGCAGAGGAUAUUUUGUACAAACACCAGAAGAGCUCCAGAACUCUCUGAAGCAGACACUGGAAGACACAAGUAAACCUUGUCUCAUCAACAUCAUGAUUGAACCACAGAGCACACGGAAGGCCCAGGAUUUUCACUGGCUCACCCGUUCGAAUAUGUGAAUAAACUAGUUGAUGGUUUGGGGGAAUUUUCUCUUUCCAGCAAGGUAGAAUUUACUUUUCCUAGCAAAAUUAACAUACAGAUAAAAUUGUAUUUUAAAAUACAUUUUAAAUUAUGUUUAUAGUAAAGAAAGUGUCUAAAAGCAGAAAGGGUGCUGUUGUUUGUUAUGAUUUUGGAUCUUCAAUGAUCCCAAAGGUUUACAUGCUGAAGGCUUGUUCACCAGCUCUUGGCACUGCUGGAAGGUGGUGGAGUCUCUAGGAAAUGGCCUAAUGAGAAGAGGUCACUGAGGAUCAGGACCCUGGCGUGCGUGCCACCCUCCCAAUCCUCCCCCCCACUUCCCAAAUACCUUGAGGUGAGCAAGUCCUCUCAUUAGUUCCCUGUCAUGAUGGACUCCAGGUGACCAUAGACAGAAACCUUCACAGCUGAGCCAGGAGCUGGAGAGACGGUUCAGCAUUGAAGAGUACAAACUACUCUCGCAGAAGACAUGAGUUUGGUUCUCAGCCACACUGGGUGGCUCACAACCAGGGACUCCCUCCAGUUCCAUGGGCACCUACACUCAUAUGCACACACCCACACACAGACAUACAUAUACAUGUAAUUAAAAACAAAAUAAAGCUUAAGAAACUAUGAACCAAAAUAAGUAUUUCUUCCUUUUAAAUUGAUUUUCUCAGGUAUUUUGUUCAAGGAAUGGAGAUUGACUAACAGUAUUCUAGCACAUAAAUACCCACAUAAUAGCAUUCUAAGUGUCUAACUGCACUUUUUUUUUCUUUUUUGUAAGCAGGCAGUGGUGGCACACACCUUUAAUCCUAGCACUCAGGCGGCAGAGACAGAGAUGCAUCCAUCUAGAUUUCUGUGAGUUCAAGGCCACACUGGGCUACAAAAGAUUAAUCCAGUCUAAAAAAGAAACAGAACCAGGCAUUGAUGGCACACACUUUUAAUCCCAGCACUAGGAAGGAUGAAACAGGAAGUGAUAUGGCUGGGCAGAGAAAGGAAUACAAGGCGGGAGGAGACAGUAAUUCAUCUUUCAGGCUGAGGAGUCGGUGAGGUAAGAGGUGGUGGCUGUGGCUGCUCUGCUUCUCUGAGCUUUCAGCUUUCACCCUGAUAUCUGGCUCCAGGUUUUUAUCCUAAGACCAUUUAGGAUUCGUGCACCAGUCUACAGAGUGAUUUCCAGGACAACUAAGGCUAGAAAGAAAAACCCUGUCUCCCUGUCUCGAACAAACCAAAAACAACAGCAGCAACAACACUUUUCU